AUGAUGCUGUCCAUGUUGGUGAUGGCUGUUGUUAUCCUCACACUGGAAUGCUACAGUCUUUAUUGGGUGGUUUUUGCUUACGCACUUGGUGGCGCCGCCAUGGGGUCCUUUGAGUCCAACUUGCUGACCUGCCUGACGCCAUUGGGAAGCCGCACCAAGAGCAUUGCCAUUCUGGGCAUUCCGCUGGGCAUCAACAGCAUCUUGAUCGGUGGAUUUUACCUUAUGGGGCCACCCCUCAAGGUGUCUGUCACGGCUGUGUUUGCAGCGGUGGCUGUGCUGAACCUGAUGGGAAUGCUGGUCUUCGCGUUGCGCAUACCACGCCCUGCGCAUGAGUCAGGUGGCGAGUGUGGGGCAAGCGAGAUCGUCGCAGACUGCAAGGGCUGCAGGCAGUGGUUGCCACGCGUCUGGCACUACCCUCUUGCUUUCGCCGUUGACACUUUCACGCUCGCUGGCUUCUCUCCGGGUCUUUCCCUGUACUUGUAUGACCAGGAGGUAGUGCAGCUGACCGAGAGCUUCGCAAUGGCAACGAAGACGUUCUUUGCGUUCUACAACACAGCCAACAUGCUCGGAGGUCUUUGUGGACGAUGGCUGAGCUACCGAAUUCUUCCCCGCCAUCCGGCCGUCUACGUAGGCUUCAGUACUGUGGGCGUCCUGCUGCUUCUGUCGCUGCGGCCUGUGCUUGCUCCAGUGGGAGCUUUCUUGGUAAUGCUGGGAGACGGGUUGAUCUAUGGCACAAUCAGUCGCUACGUCGACUCCGCCGUACCUGAGGAGUUCAAUCUCAUCGCGAUUUCAUAUUGGCUUUUCAUCGGCGACAUUGGCAGUCUUGUGGGGUCAAACUUGAUUUGCUACCUCCACGACUGGCUUGUGCCAGGUUAA